AUGACAAUCGAAAGACAGUGGGAAGAUACCGAGCCGGAAGAAGAUAGCACAGAACAAGAGGAAGAAACUCAAGAGGAACAACCUGAAAUAGAAGAUGAAAUUGUCGAGCCAGAACCUGAGCCUGAGCCAGAAUAUGAGGAAGAACCCGAACCAGAGCUGGAACCGGAGCAAGAAGAAGAACAAGAAGAAGUAGAGGAAUCUGUAGAACAAGAAGAAGAGAACGAAGUGAAAGAAAAUGGCACUGAGUCAAGCGCGGAAAAGAGUGACGAUAAUGAUAAGAAUGAAGACGAUAAUGAGCCCGCUGAAAAUGAAGAUAACGCCGAAGAGGGUAGCAAAGAUGAAGAGGCUGAGAAGGCGGAAGAAGAGGAGAAUGAUAAGUCAUCAAGCAGCAGCAGCUCGGAUAGUGACUCAGAAAAGGAAAAGGAGGUCAAUGUCGAAGUCAAUGUGAUCGUACAGGUCAAUCAAGAGGUCGCUCCAGCUCCAGUCGUCGCCCCAGUGAUCGUCCAAGAAGUCCCGGUCGAUUGUGGAGAGCAAGACAACGUCAGUUGCUGCUCGGGAGCGUCAAAGAAAUCCAAGUCUUCCAAAAGCUCAAAGAGCUCUUCUUCGUCAUCUUCCUCUAGCGACGAUGAAGAGGAAAAAGCAAUUAUUGUGAAUGUUACUAAUGUUGUACAAGCGGAAGAGAUUCAAGAAACUGUUCCAGCUGAGGAAGAAAAACCCAAAUCAAAGAAGUCACUCUUCAAAAGAGCUAAGAAAAGAUGUACGAUUUCCUAA